CAAAGGUCUUUUGACUUGCCUUGUAAUGUCCUUAUGAGCACAUGAUUUCCGCAUGCACUGUAAGAGAGGACAGAUUACAGUGCAGAGGACUUGAAAUAUCCACACCUUUACCUGCAAAAUCUGUGCCUUGUAAAGAGGUGGGAAGUUCAGGAGACAGGUCUUUUGCAUGGUAAGAAGUGCUGUGAGGAGGUCAGCAUGGAAAACAAUGUCACACAGAUCUCCCGAGAAGACCUGGAGGAACUGAGGGAAGCUUUCGACAGAAUUGAUAUAGAUAACAGUGGCUACGUAAGUGACUUUGAGCUUCAGGAGCUCUUUCGUGAGGCCAGCUUUCAUUUACCGGGAUACAAGGUACGGGAGAUUGUGGAGAAAUUUAUCGCUGGUGAUACCAACAAAGAUGAGAAGAUCAGCUUUGAAGAGUUUGUUGGGAUCUUCCAGGAGCUAAGGAGUAAAGAAAUAAGAGAGACUUUCCGCAAGUGCAUCUCCAGGCGUGAUGGAAUUCGAUCAUUUGGUGGAACAUCCAACAACUCAUGUGAAGGAACACAGCACUCCUAUUCAGAUGAAGAAAAAGUAGCUUUCGUGAACUGGAUCAAUAAAGCCUUGGCAAAAGAUCCAGACUGCACACAUCUCAUCCCAAUGGACCCAGAGACCGACAGUCUAUUUAAAUCUGUUAAAGAUGGAAUAUUGCUAUGCAAAAUGAUAAACCUUUCCCAGGCAGACACUAUAGAUGAGCGGGUCAUCAACACUAAGAAACCCACUCCAUUCACCAUGAACGAGAAUUUGGUGUUGGCACUCAACUCAGCCUCAGCUAUCGGCUGCACGGUGGUCAACAUUGAUGCUCAGGAUUUGAAAGCAGGGACUCCUCACCUGGUGCUCGGACUUCUCUGGCAAAUCAUAAAAAUCGGACUCUUCGCUGAUAUCGAGAUCUCGCACAAUGAAGCUCUUAUUGCUUUGCUGGAGGAGUCAGAAGAGCUGGAGCACCUGAUGGCAAUGUCCCCUGAAGAACUUUUGCUCAGAUGGGUCAACUAUCACCUGAAAAAUGCUGGCUGGCAACCAAUCAAAAACUUCAGUGAUGAUAUCAAGGACUCCAGGGCGUAUUUCCACUUGCUAAAUCAGAUCUCACCGAAAGGAGACGUGGAUGAUGAGAUGAGGAUUGACAUUGACAUGUCUGGUCUGAAUGAGCGUGAUGAUGAAAGGCGAGCAGAGUUGAUGUUGAAGCAGGCGGAUCGUAUGGACUGCAGACAGUUUGUCAGUCCCCAUGAUGUUGUUGCUGGAAAUCAUAAGCUCAACAUUGCCUUUGUGGCCAAUCUUUUCAACAUGUACCCCGCCUUGAACAGACCCACUAACAAUGGCGUUGAUUUUGCUAUUGAGGGUGAAACGAGAGAAGACAGGACAUUCAGAAACUGGAUGAAUUCACUAGGUGUAACUCCAUACGUCAAUCACUUGUACAGUAAUCUGCAUGAUGGUAUGAUCAUUCUUCAGUUAUAUGAGAGGAUCCAGGUACCUGUUAACUGGGCUAGAGUCAAUAAACCACCUUAUCCUGUAUUGGGCUCCAACAUGAAAAAGCUUGAGAACUGUAAUUAUGCAGUUGCGCUGGGUAUAAAGGAAGCAAAGUUUUCCUUAGUAGGAAUCGGAGGAGAGAAUAUCAAUGAGGGAAGUCCCAUGCACACUCUUGCACUGGUUUGGCAACUAAUGAGAAGAUACACACUGAAGGUUCUGUCUGACAUCGGUGAAGGGGAAAUAGUCAGCGACCAAGUCAUUAUCAACUGGGUGAACAGCACAUUGCAAGAGGGCCAGAAAGACUCGCACAUUAACAGCUUCAAGGACAAAUCAAUCAGCACCAGCUUGCCAGUGAUCGAUCUGAUAGACACCAUCAUGCCCAAAACUAUCAAAUACGAGAUGGUGAAAACCGGAGACAUGACCGCAGAGGACAAACUAAACAAUGCAAAAUAUGCGAUCUCUGUGGCGCGAAAAAUCGGAGCUAAGGUGUACGCCCUGCCCGAUGACCUUGUGGAGGUCAACCCCAAGAUGGUGAUGACAGUGUUUGCAUGCCUUAUGGGAAGAGGCCUGAACAAAGUGAACGGCUGACCUUUCCAAGGAGGACGUCGCACAAUGCUCAUUAUUGCACUUUCUCUUCCCUGCACUUUCCGUCGAGCCGAAAAUUCUUUUGCAUUUCCCAAACUCAUUUACUUUCUUUUCAAUACAUCUCCAGGCCUUUGCCUUCGAUGAAUUUGCCAUGCAUUAAUUCAAGCGUUCUCCCAAUGGCACAAUGACUGCGCUAAUCAUUUCAUUUCUGCUGGCUGAGAUACUGCUUAGAGACGUAAGAUUAUUUAAAGACAUUCUUUAUUGCCUUAAUAACUGUGAAUCCUUGUAAAUGUUUUUCAUUUCCAUUGACUCAUUAAAGUGAUUCUAUAAAUUGAA